CAGAGGUGAGUGGGAGAGAAGAAACCAAAGGUUAACAGGCUAAACCUGCCCUGAUAUGAGAAAAUGAAGAAAUCUGGCGCUCAAGCCUUGCAAAUCUGACAGGUGGGUACCAGUCCGGGUUCUGGGCGGCUGUUCACCACCUACCUCUGCAGACAGGGUCUUCCAGGUCGCCUCGCCCGCGGAAAGCACAGCAGCUGCCAUAGCCGGGUGCAGCGCCGAAAGCCACGCUGCAAGCUCCUCGCCCGUCGCAGGGACUAAAGGAGAGGGGGCGGGUCUACAUGCGCCUUGGCUUCGCCACGCGCCUACUCUCGGCUGCGAUUGGACGACUCAUUUAAAGGAAGGCGCGAACUGGUGGACGUUUACCAUUCUCGGACCCCAGAAGCUAAGGGUUGCUUGCACAGCCGCCAUGAGUUACAUCAAUCUGCCCACCGUGCUGCCCGUCUCCCCCAGCAAGACCCGGGGGCAGAUCCAGGUGAUCCUUGGGCCCAUGUUCUCAGGAAAAAGCACGGAGCUGAUGAGACGCGUCCGGCGCUUCCAGAUCGCCCAGAAUAAAUGCCUGGUCAUCAAGUAUGCCAAAGACACGCGCUACAGCAGCAGCUUCUGUACGCAUGACCGGAACACCAUGGACGCACUGCCAGCCUGCCUGCUCCGGGAUGUGGCCCAGGAGGCCCUGGGUGUGGCUGUCAUUGGCAUCGACGAAGGGCAGUUUUUCCCUGACAUCGUGGAAUUCUGUGAACUGAUGGCUAAUGCAGGCAAGACAGUGAUUGUGGCAGCACUAGAUGGAACCUUCCAGAGAAAGGCUUUCGGCAACAUCUUGAACCUGGUGCCCCUGGCUGAGAGCGUGGUGAAGCUGACUGCCGUGUGUAUGGAGUGCUUCCGAGAAGCUGCCUACACCAAGAGGCUGGGCAUGGAGAAGGAGGUGGAGGUGAUAGGCGGAGCAGACAAGUACCACUCCGUGUGCCGCCUGUGCUACUUUAAGAAGUCCCCGGUGCAGCCGGCCGGGCCGGACAACAAAGAGAACUUCCCGGUGCUGGGACAGCCUGGAGAGGCCUCAGCUGUCAGGAAGCUCUUUGCCCCUCACCAAGUCCUACAGCACAACUCUGCCAACUGAGAGGACCUGGGGCUGGAAUUGCCUCACAAUAGACACUGCCCUGGACAGGCUCAGCUGCUUGUUGCAGCCUUUUUUAGUUCCCUUCUGGGCUGCUGAGAUGCUUCAGCCCAGUGGGGAGCCAGCGCCUGCCUGGUCCUUAGGGCUUGACAUUCAGCCAGAGGUGAAGACAGAGCCACAUGGUUGUUGUGACAUUGGUGGUGCUGGCUUCUUCCUCCUUGGUGGCUUUCACUGCUGGGUUUCAGUCUCAUGGAGCCCCGCCCCUUACCAAGGCUCUAGCCCUCCGUUUGUGUUAAUGCCUGACCUACGCCCCCACAAUGGCCCCCAGAGCCAGUCAGUAUACAGUGGCGUUGGUCUUGCCCUGCUCAGAGCCCCAGCCCUGUGACUCGGGGCUCUUAGAGC